ACAGUCACAGUCACAGUCACAGUCACAGUCGCAACAGCAAACCCAGUUGCUGAUGGUGCCUGGGUUUGGUGCUGGGUCUGGGUCUGGUGCUGGGUAUGAUCCGAGAGUGACGUCCCAGUCGAGCCAUACCAACGCAGUCGAGCCGGUUGCCGAAGCUGCCGAGCAGCGCCUCGUCGUGACUCCUGCGCACCGCACGCGUCCAGCGUUGAUAGAAGUGUUUGAAUCGCACACGCACCACCCUGCAGCAACCACGGCUGCUUCGGAUGCUGGCGAUGCUCAUGCAUCGGCUCGGGGGAGUCUCGCAACCAAAUUUCUUCAUGCCGGGUUUGUUUCGCUGCCCCGACGGGUCGUCUCCAAGUCGCCGAGCAGCCCGCCGUUCUCUGCCGCUGGUCACCACGACGGCGCGUAUCCCGAUGUGCAUCUCGAUGAACACGGGCUGCCUGUGGCUGCGGCGGACCACUCCGAGUCGCUGACGGCGUCGCUCGCCGACCUGACCUCGCUCACCAAGGCAAACCACUCGUUCGCUGCGUACAUGCCAAACUCUGGCGUUCCCUGCGAUGUCUGUGGCAAGUCCAUUUCGCGGUGGGAUGACUCCCGUCCAGGCGUGCGUUGUGCAGUGUGUCGAGUCGUAUGUCAUCGCUUCUGCAGUCCACUUGUUGCCGAUUCAUGCUUGAUGCGCAGUGAGAUAUCGUCAAGCCAUAACUCGGUUGUUUCGGAGGACUCCACCCCUCACGAGGUCAUUCGGCAGCAACUGUCUGAAAGCUUGAACACUGCCUCUAGCAAGCAACAGAAUAUGCGAUUCACACGCUCAUCGGCGCCGUUUGUUCGGUUGCGCUUGGAGGCUGAGCGUUUGCAGCCGAUCGUGAGUGAACCGCAAUAUCUUGUUUGGAUUGGAAUGCUUCAAGACUUUCUCGUGUCGUCAAACAAGUAUCUCGGCAACGCAUCCAAGCCCUGGGCAGAUCUCGUAGACAUCUUCCGACAGACGGCGGAAAGCGCGCUCAAAUCAGACAAGACGCCGCGAAACCCAAACGAAGACAAUGCCCAAUUCUUAGCGCGAUGCAUCACGGCCGUUGAGACCCUUCUACUAGAUCACGAAUUUUAUGCACAUGCAAACGUUCAGUUGCUCGAUAUCGAUGCUUCCGAUUUUGCCCAAGAAAUUACCAGAGUGGACAUGGAGCUGUUUUGCAAAAUCACGGCCGAGGAAUGCCACCGCACGUCGUGGCUGAAGAAAAACAAGCAAACUCUUGCACCCAAUAUUUUAGCGUGUAUUGCGCAGUUCAACAAGGUGACACUGUUCAUCAUAACGGCAAUCCUGUCCAAGAAGAAUCCCACGGGACGGGCCGCAUUGAUCGUCCAUGCCAUCAAAUGCGCCCAAGCUUGCUUUCAUUUGCACAACUUUAACGGCGCCAAUGCGAUUCUCAAUGCGCUAACAGCCACGUCUAUAUUUAGGCUCAAAAAGACUUGGCAGAGCGUGAACGUCAAGUAUCUGGCAGUUCGUCAGGAGCUCCAAAAUGUACUCAAACCCGACGACAACUUUGCCAACUAUCGCGCUCACGCAGGGAAGCUGUUGGCCCUGAACGAACGAAUGGUCCCUUUUCUCGGAGUGUACUUGUCUGACCUGGCGUACGUUGAUGCCGCCUACUUGGCCAAUCCUGAACUCCGGAAAUCCAAGUCUGAGGAGAUCAUCUCGAACUUGUUGAGUUUGCGCACUCGAGCCAAGUCCCCGGCCAUUCUGGGGCUACAUGCCUUUGUCGCCACGCUUCCGUCGCUGACUGAAGAGGAGAAUUAUGUGAUUUCGCUCGAACGAGAGCCCAAGAUCGAGGCGCCGGUUGAGGAGUUUAAUAAGGAAACAAUCCUCAAUAAGCUGGCCGAUGCGAGUUUGGCCCAGCUGCGUGAGGCCUAUGACAAGUUUUCGGCGCGUGAGCUGGAGGUUGCCGCCGAAGUUCGCAUGCUGUACACCCGUCGCAAAAAGCAAGAGGACAGAGGUGUGCGUUGGAUUUCCCACGACGCGAGUGAAAGGGCCUGGGACUUGCACAGUUUGGUUUCUCAGCUCCGUGCAAAGCUCCAAGAAGCAGAGAACAGAAUCGAGUCCUUGUCGUCCCAAACGUCCAGUCGAUCAAGCCCGCGGCCAACGGAAGCAAACCCGAGCUCUGUCUCCCAAUCAGCCGACCGGACAGCAGACAAGCAAGACGAGCCUCCUCAAUCCAGUCCAGUCAAGCCCAAAGAGCCAAAUGUCGCGUAGAUCUCGGCUCGUCACAACUUUUGUUCCUUGAUCAACUGGACUGACUGUUCAUAGAAGGUUGGCCUCGUUCAACAGAUUCCACAAUGGUCACGAAUGUGCGGUUUCAAUGAAUAUAUAUUUCGUUGCUUUGAGAACGUCAAACAGAUGAACGAAGCGUAUCAAAACAAGCAAAACACAAAAUCUCGAAGGGCCGC